CACAAAAAUUUCCCAAUUUUUCUUCCAUUUGUCCUGCAUUAUUCCAGAGCAAGCAGCAGAAAGCACUAGAAGAAGAAAGAACAAACGAUGUCGUCUCAACAGCAACCACAGCCAUCCCCCGUAGCAGGCGACCUGAACGGUUCUAAUGCAAAUCCAGGUUUGAGCACUGGAAUGGGUUGGUAUGUUCUUGGCCAAGAUCAACAACUCAUAGGCCCAUACACCGUUACUGAGUUGCAGGAGCAUUAUUCAAAUGGAUACUUCUACGGGAAUACACUUGUGUGGUCAGAAGGAUGUAGCGACUGGCAGCCACUAUCCUCGGUUCCCGGGUUGUUGACUCACGCACCUGGACAAGAUGCUGAUUACUCAAGUUCAGCCCCCAUCGCCUCUAAUGAAGAAGAUGAUUUUGAAAAGUGGCAAAAGGAGGUGAGGGAAGCAGAAGCAGAGGCUCUAUCAAACAUAAAUGAUGACAAUGAAAGACCUACAACACCACCUGAGGGAGAGGAAGAAUUCACUGAUGAUGACGGAACUAAUUACAAAUGGGAUCGAAAUCUUAAAGCUUGGGUUCCUCAGGAAAACACAACCCAGACAACUGAGGAAUAUGCUCCAGAAGAUAUGACUUUUCAGCUAGAAGAGGAGGUCUUUCCAACAAAUGCUGAUGAUCUAUCAGCAAAGGAAGUGGAUAAUGUUGCCAGUGAAGCAGGAGAAGCAAAGCAGAAUGGCAAGAGAAAGUUGCCUGAAAAAACUGCUGAUAUGAUAACUGAGGAAAAGAAGGAAGCUAAUAAACCUCCUGAUUCUUGGUUUGAGUUGAAAGUAAAUACACAUGUAUACGUUACAGGGUUGCCUGACGAUGUUACCUAUGACGAGGUUGUUGAAGCAUUUUCCAAGUGCGGGAUCAUAAAAGAUGAUCCUGAAACAAAAAAGCCUCGAGUGAAGAUUUAUGUUGACAAAGAAACUGGAAGGAAAAAGGGGGAUGCACUUGUAACAUAUCUGAAGGAACCUUCAGUGGACCUGGCCAUCCAAAUACUUGAUGGAGCUCCUCUAAGGCCUGGUGGCAAGAUCCCCAUGUCGGUUACAAAAGCUAAGUUUGAGCAGAAAGGGGAUAGAUUCGUAUCCAAGCAAGUGGACAAGAAUAAGAAGAAGAAACUUCAGAAGGUUGAAAGGAAGAUGCUUGGCUGGGGUGGUCAUGAUGACUCAAAGUUGUUGGUUCCAGCUACUGUUAUUCUUCGUAACAUGUUCGCCCCAGCAGAAUUAAGGGCUAAUGAAACUUUGUGUUCUGAAUUAGAGGAAGAUGUCCGUGACGAAUGUGGGAAGCUUGGGCCUGUGGAUUAUAUCAAAGUUUGUGAGAAUCACCCACAGGGGGUUGUCUUGGUCAAAUUUAAAGAUAGAAAUGAUGCACUUAAAUGCAUAGAGCUGAUGAAUGGACGAUGGUUUGGUGGAAGGCAGAUACAUGCUAGUGAGGACGAUGGAUUGAUUAACCAUACUUUGAUACGGGAUUUGGAUGAAGAGACUGAUAGAUUAGAGAAGUUUGGAGCUGAACUUGAAGCUGAUUGAAGUGAUAACUACUGAUUAAUGUAGAAACUGCAGAAUUCUACUAGAAAACGCCUAAAUCUGGAACUUGUACAUGGUAUCGUUCUGGUAUAUUAUCUGUGAUAAAUGCCAAUGUCGAAUUUAAUUUGUUUAGUGUUGUGUGUCGAUGAAAGGGUACAGAUUCGUCGACCUUUUUGAAGCACGGAUGGCCUGCUAUUCAAUUUUUUGUGAACUAAUUCGUAGCUUUGAUA